UGCAGUUGACGGCGGAUGCCGGUCUAUUGGAGUACAAACUGUUUUAUUUGUUUUUGUCGAAAGUUAUUUAUUUGUCUAUCCAAUAACAAUAAGUGUUUAGGUAUAUCGGUUACCAGAGUCGAUAGCAUUUUUGAAUAUCAAGCCACACUUCCUUAGAAGCCUGCUACGGUAAUGGCAUUGUCAUUUUACGACUCCAAGAUGGAAGAAAAUGCGGAUUUCAUGGACAUUAAGUUUCGAUUGUUCCGUGGAGGGAAAAGGCCGGAGGGGUUUAGUGAUAAUAUCGACAAUUCAAGUGAAACUCAAAAAACUUGGAAACAACAUGUUGGAAGUGGUUUGUCAUCGUCGCACUACAAGUAUUCCUCUAAAGUAUCAUACGGAGUGGCAGCUCGGCUCCAGGGAAAUCAACAGUGCGAGGACAAACCCUCUGAGGCAGAAGACCUAAAACCAGUUAAGACCGACACUAAAAUUAAAGAAGAAACACCGAUUAUGACCAUUCCUAGAGAUUCCAAAUGCCGGAAGUUCGAGGAGGAUAGUAAUAAGUAUUCCGAUCCGGACCAAAAGCCGCCAUUUUCUUACGUUGCCUUGAUUGCCAUGGCAAUCAAAGAGUCAGGUGACAAGCGUCUGACACUGAGCGGAAUUUACCAGUAUAUCAUUAGUAAGUUUCCUUACUAUGAACGGAAUAAGAAAGGAUGGCAAAACAGUAUAAGACAUAACCUUAGCCUUAAUGAGUGUUUUGUCAAAGUUCCGAGAGAAGGCGGUGGAGAGCGAAAGGGUAACUUUUGGACUUUGGACCCAGCUUUCAACGAUAUGUUCGAAAAGGGAAAUUAUCGGCGACGUCGAAGGAUGCGGCGGCCCUAUAGAGCCGCCAUAUCGCUCCCUAAACCCCUUUUUGCCGAUAACCACUGUGGGCCGUAUAACCAGUUUGCUCAGCUGACAAAACCCUAUUUCUCUCCACCUCCAUACUCUCAGUACUCGCAAUACUCACCUUGGGCCCUUACCCACAAUGCCUCAGCACAUCAGGGUAUGGGAAUGUCCCAGAUCAGUAACUUUAACUCGUGUACGCAGGCGCGGGUACCCCCUCCUGGCUCGACCCUCAGUUCCUGUGGGUACAACCCCCUACCCUCGGGCGUACAGCUGUCUCCCAGUGCGGGCACCACCUACUCACAACUUAACGACUACAACUCCGUGAGUCCCUCGGGACCCUUUCCAUUCAGCCCCUAUCGACAGCAGGGAGAAUCCAUCAAUGCAGUGCAUUAUACUUACUGGGGAGAAAGAUGAUCUCAGCGAAAGACACAUGGAACAGGAACUUAAAUUCUGGAAUCAGUGAGCACGUGAUGUAUAAACAGGGAAUAAGUGUUCAGGAUUUGCCAGGAAAAACAAGACGUAAUGCCUUAAAAAUGAUGAAGACUCCUUGAAUAUGCUGCGUGUUCAUGGAAAAGUAAUAUUUUACGCCUAAAGAAGAAUGCUGAAGAUUCCAGGAAAAGUUCCAGCUGAUGCCUAAAGAAUGCUGAAGAUGCCAGGAAAAGUAAUACUUCAAGCAUAGGAAAUGCUUAAGAUUUCUGGGGAAAAAUAAAUAUACUUAAUGCAUAAAGAAUGCUCAUGGAAAAUACACAUGUAAUACCUUAUGCCAUGAGUAUGCAGAAAGUUCCAGAAAAGUAAUACAUUGUGGCUUGAUGUGAUGAAGGUUCCUGGGAAAUUAAUAUGCAACGAAUCUAUGUAAAGAAAACUUAUUCCUACUCUAACUGGUUUACCCAGGAACGUAGAAAACUUUGACCAGAUAAUUGACACCAAAAUUAUAUCUGAAUCGAAUUAUGAUAAUUUUUUCUACAUAAUUGUUUACAUUUGUUUACAUUGUUUGUUUUUGAUGAUACCCUCUCUUUGUUGUGCUAUCCUUUAACUGUGCUACUUAAUAUUCUUCAUAUAAAUAUUAAACAAACCUUGUUUUUGCAUCAGACGUUUCCUUGUGAUACACGAGUAACACAAUAUUUUUAGGAAGACUGCAAGUUUAUAUAAUUAUGCUAGGGAAAAUAUCAUAUAAGCAGCGCAAAUGCAGGUGUGUGACGUCACUGCCGAUACUAUGAUAUGUUAGGCCACUAUAGGAAAAUAACAUAGUAAUAUAUACAGAUCAUUGUUAUAGUUGAUAGCAUGUGACAUCACUGUAAAGAAUAGAACGCUGUUGAAAAGAACAGGAAAUAUAUUAGAUCUAUUAUUUUGUCAUUAAAUUAAUUGAUUAUAUUUCAACAUAAGAUGUUUUCAGAUGAAAUACAUGAGAAAGGACUUACAGUUUUUCUACAUUUUAUUUGUUGUGUCAGUUGAUACAUCUUUUUAUUUCUAUUGUUCAACAUAUUGAAUAAAAUGAGAUUUUAGUAAGACAA